UCAACAGGAAGUAGAGUUUAAAGACGUUUUAACGCGGGGCCGUUUGUUUACAACUCUCUGAUGUGGAUCCAGUAAUCGAUACUAAUAUCAGCAGUCAGUGAUCAGCCUGUAGACAUGGACUCCCUACAGCUGUUCCUGGAUCAGCUCAAACCCAGCGGGGAAGCUGAAACCACCUGGUUAAAGGAGAUGUUCAGCUUCCUCUCAGAACACCUGUCUCCUGAGCUCUCUGGACCCGCCCCUCGUGCUGCUGAUGACUUAUUGACAGGUGUGUUUGUGGUGAGGAAGAUCCAGGAGAACAUGGCUGGACCACACAGCUUUCCUGUGAGCUACCGACCCGUGUCCGUCUCAGGGCUGCUCUCCCUGCAGCACCUGGCUUGUGUCAGCAACCUGUCCUGGAGCACCAAUCAGCAGCGAGCGUGGGCAAAGGAGGCAGGGAUUUCUCUGCCGGGUCACCUGACUCUGCCGCGGGUCAACCUGCUGCUGAUUGGCUACCUGAGAGAAGGGCGGGCCGGAGAGUGGAGGCUGACGGACACAAGUGGCAGCGUCAGGUGUGAAUGCCUGUCUCCCUCUCCUCUGUGGCUGAACCGGCCGGUCUUCCUCCCUCACUGGAACUACAUCCCCCAUAAUAUCCCGGGACAGGAUCAGGAGGAGGCCGGAGGCUACGUUGAGCUGAUUGGUUCUCCGGUUCUGUUGUGUCCCGGCCCUGGUCAGGGAUUGGCUGUUAGUCCUGCAGGAGGGGCGGGGUUUAGCAGAGCAGUUGGAGUGAGAGAGGCUGCUGGUUUAAUGGACAACAGGACUCGUGGACAGCGUCUCUCAGUCUUUGGUCUCAUGGGUACUGUGUGCCCUCAGCUGGUCGUGGCAGGAACAACCUUCUUCUGCUUCUGGCUGACAGACGACUCUCACGCUCUUCGUGUCCUUGUCAAGGACAGAAGCCGGCUGUGGUGGACUCAGUGUGUGUGCGUUGGUCAGAGUGUGUGUGUGACAGCGUUGCGUGUGUGUGUCCUACGAGGCUGGAGAGGAAACAACAUCCUGUGUGUGACCGACCAGUCGGACUUGCACACAAACUACACGCACACGCUGUUGGAUACGCCCCCACCACUGAUGAUGUCACACGUUGAUGAUGAAGAAUGUGAGGAGCCUGAGAGAUGCGUCAACCAAUCAGGUGUCAGGAUGAAAAAGUCCAGAGUCAUCAGUUACCAGGGCACUGUGACUAAGGUGGUGAGUGAGGGGGCCGGACUGUACGUGAUUGACAGGAAGGUGGGACUGUGUAUGGCCUAUCAGCCGACAAUGAGGAGGAAACUGAGAGCAGGAGACUCUGUGGAGCUCCAUCACGUCCACUUCCUGUACCGGCCCUGUCCUGACUUUCCUCCCAGCAUGCUUUGCACCUGCUUGCGCUCUAGCCUCCGGGUCACCGCCUUCAGCCGGGUGGCGGCGUCGUCACCUGACUCCAGCUGCCCCGGUGAUGGCGCAUUGCCCCGGUUACUGCUGGAGAAAAACACGGGAGUGUCCGAGUACCUGUGGGCGUGUCACCUGAGCUCACAGCUCACUCACAGUCUGGUCCCCCGUGUGUUGAAGAAGCAACAGUGUGUGUGUGUGUUGUCCUGGAAGCUGAUGGAGUAUGUGUUAGGAGGAGGAGGAGGAAGAAGGGAUAUCUACUCAGAGAUGUUGGACGAGCCUCACACCUGUCCUCUGACACAGUACAGGGCUGACCCUACAGUCCCUCAGUGCAUCAGUGUCUCAGAGCUCAGCCGGUCUCUGGAGUCCGACUGCUGGUCUUUGGUCUCUCUAAGCUCUCUGCUGCCUGCUGGUGGAUCUAGUCUGACCAGGUCUCAGAUCAACACAGCACUGGCCUGGUCCUGCAGGACUCUGACCUCUAACCUCCAGGAACGGCCCCAGACUGGAGACAGACUCUGGCGGCGCCCCCUGCUGGUGGUCGGGGUGCUGGAGCUCCCGUCACAGACGUCAUCAUGUGACCUCACGCUGCACCUCAGAGACACCACGGGAGCUGUGGCCUGUGUUGUCACGGAAACCAGCGAAGAAGAGGAGGGAGGUCAGAGGGCAGCCUUCAACACUGCCUGGCUAGGCUGUCUGGUGUGUGUCCAGCAGUUCACCAUGGUAACGGAGAGGUUCCUCCAAUCAGAUUUCCCCUCCUACCAACACCUGGACCAGGAGGAGUACAUCACACACAGACACUGCAGAGUCUACCUGCAGUUUUCUCUGGACCACCUCCACAUCCUGAGUCCGUCUGUUGCCAUGGUUACACAUCUGGGACAGAGGGGGGAGGAGUCAGGAUGGGAUGUCACAGGCAGGAAGCAGAGAGAAGAAGAAGAAGGAGAGGCUCAUUCUGCAGGUAAGAAGAGACGAAGAGAAGCCUCCGCUUCCGCCGUUACCGCGACUACCGGCCCUGUGGGCGGCGGCUUCCGGCCCUGCAUCUCCAUGGUGAUCAGGGUAGAGCAGAAAGAGGCCGCGGCCUGGAGGAACAUGACAGCGAGGCUAAAGGGGGAAGAGGCGGGGCUAACACUGUGCUUCUCGGUCAGAGCCACUGUGAUUGGUCCAGUGGUCAGCUGGGGGCGGGACCCCAAGAACGGACCAAUGACAGACAAAGAGACGGAGACAGAGAGCGAGGACAAGGUGGUCCUGGUGCUCUCAGGUGGGUCCGCUCGCUGGUUCCCUCUCCUCCAGCCCGGAUGUUUCUACAGACUCACUGCUCCCAACACACAGGAUCCCAGUGUUUUGAUUGGCUGUGGGGUUUCUGGGCUGAACGGGGUGGAGCUACACACUGACUCCACCCUCCAGGUCGGAUCUGAUUGGAGGCUCCACACUCUACCCCGCCCACUGCUGCAGGCUCGCUCGCCCACAGUCCGGUCCGUCUCUGACAUCUUGGACUGCAGGUCAGAGUUGGUGUGUUUUCAGGCUCAGGUGUGUGACAGGAUCAGUCUCAACGACAGGACCAGUGACUCUGGUGCAGGUGUGUGUGCCGGUGUACGACUCACAGUGUGUGACCAAACUGGGAGGACUCUUCAGGUGUACCUGGACUUGAGCCACACCCCCUACCCACCAGGCCUGUUGCCCGGCAACAAACUGCUGCUGUCUUCUUUCCAGCGGAGAGUGUCCAGGUCAGGAGGUGUGUACUGCAGCUCUCUUCCUGUCAGCUCAAUAAGUGUCAUCGCACUGGGAGAUACGAGCUCUGUCCGGCCUCCUCCUGCUCCCAUGAUGCAUCUGGGUGUGUGGGCCGUGAGCAGAGAGCAGAGGUGCAUUGUGGGUCAGGUCAGAUGUCAUGUGGUGUGUUUCCUGUUCCUGCAGCUGCAGUGGAGCUGCUCGCUAUGUGGGAGUCUGUACAUACAGACUUGUUCCAGUUCUCAGUGUCCGUCGACUUCGUCCGUCUUUCAGUCCAAAGCAAAGCUGGUGAUCGAUGACGGCACCGGUGAGGCCCACGUGUGGUUCUCGGGUGCUCUGGUUCGUCCUCUGCUUGGAUUGGCUGAUUCUGAGUGGGAGGGGCUUCAAAGAGCACUGAGGGUCAGAGGUCACGUCAGAGUCUACCCCCGGGGGCGGAGCGUGGUGUGUGACCCUGACGACCCCCUCCUCCAUUUCCUGUUGUGCGUGUGCAGCCGUGACGUUGUGUGUCGUCAGCUCUCUCUCACCUGCCGAAAACAGAACAAGCCGAUAUCAGAAGAUAUGAAACGGUUCAGCAGAGGAGAACGAGACUUCCUGACCAGAGUGACUCCUCCUCCACAGCUCACCUGUCUGCACCUGAACUCUGACUGAUCUCACCUGAACUCUGACUGGUCUCACCUGAACUCUGACUGGUCUCACCUGUCUACACACUGACACACAGACAGGAUGUCGGCCACAGGAAGAGGCGGAGCCAGUUUACUUUCCUUUGAAUGGUAUAUCUUAAUUUUACAGGAUUUGUUGAUAAAAGUUGUUAAAUCUUCA